AUGUCAAGAUCGUCGACUAGUAAAGGUCUUAUAGCUGGUUCCGUUCUUCUUUGUAAUACUUAUUCUUCUGUUGGAGAAGACGAACAAGCAAAAGAAGUUCGACUCAAACAAUUACAUCAAAUAGGAAAGAAUAAAAUAGUUGGAAUAACAUGGACUGCACCUAAGGGUGAAGUUGUGCGAUUUAAGACCCACGACAAUAGUCAUCCUCAAUCGAAAGAAAUAUACGUUGAAAUUGCACGUAUGUCUGUUGAACUUAAAGAAAACGGACAUCAAUAUGACUCAAGAUGGAUAACUCGUGAAAUAAAUGAUGAUGAAAGCAUAGAGUCAAUUUUAUGUAGUCAUAGUGAAAAAUUAGCUAUAGCUUUCAAUUUUAUUCAACAGGCAAUACCAAAUGUUAUUCAAGUUACUAGAAAUCUUCGUAUAUGUGGUGAUUGUCAUUCAGCUGUAAAAUUGAUAGCUAAACUUCGUCAACGUCCAAUCAUUAUUCGUGAUACUAAUCGCUUUCAUCAUUUUGAUACAAGUGGACAAUGUUCUUGUCAAGAUCAUUUUUAA